CUGUUCUGGAGCAUGCGCAAAGCGUCGAAAGAACCCUGUUUCUGCUGUCACAACGUUGAGGGGUAAACCGACUGCGAGUGGGUUUUUCCGAAGGCAUUUGGAGAAGCAGAGCUCAAGCGUGAUUGGAAUGGCCUCUUGGAGACUGUGUCCCUGCUAGGGAGCACUGGGUGGGAGCAAAUACCAAACGAAUCUAUCCUGUCUCUAAUGAUGCAGGCAGAGGAUAAGAAGGACAAGAAGAAGAAAGCAAGUUUGAAUUCAAGAGGUGUGACAGAUGAAUACUGUUUGAGAGAACGACCAAAAGAAGAUCCUACAAAGAUGAAGAAUAAGUCCACUUCACAAGUGAGUGGUAAGAAGAGGCCGUGGUCAUGGGAGCAGUACCUGGGGGAGGAGGUCGCUAUUGCUGCGCCCCUACGCCUCUUCACUGAGUACCAGUCGUUCCCCCACGGCAGAAAUGGCUUUAAGGUGGGGAUGCGCCUGGAGGGCAUUGACCCGCUGCACCCCUCCAUGUUUUGCGUGCUGUCCGUGGCCGAGGUGAUUGGUUAUCGGUUACGCCUGCACAUAGAUGGGUACUCAGAGUGCUAUGACUUCUGGGUAAAUGCAGAUUCUCCUGACAUCAGACCGGCUGGUUGGUGUGAGGAAACUGAUCACAAACUCCAUCCCCCUAAAGGUUAUAAAGCGAAUGAGUUUAACUGGGAGAAGUACCUAGAGGCCUGCAAUGCUCAGGCUGCACCAAAGAAUCUGUUCAAAGCCCCAAACAGUACCUCGACCAACUCGAAAUUUCAAGUCGGCAUGAAGUUGGAGGCGGUGGACAGGAAGAAUCCGUGUCUGGUGUGCGUGGCAACAGUGGCCGACGUCGCCGACAAUCGAUUUCUGGUUCACUUCGACAACUGGGAUGACACAUACGACUAUUGGUGUGAUGCCAGCAGCCCCUAUAUUCACCCAGUGGGAUGGUGUCAGGACCAUGGACGCCCUCUCACAGCACCUCAGGGACACCCCAAUCCAGAGCAUUUCCUUUGGGAGGAGUACUUAGAAGACAAUGGUGCCUCUGCUGUUCAAAGCCAGGCCUUUUGUAUGAGUCCUCCUCACAACUUUCAGGUGAACAUGAAACUUGAGGCGGUGGACAGGAGGAACGCCAUGCUGAUCCGAGUGGCCACCAUCGUCGACACGGAGGACUAUCGGGUCAAGAUCCACUUCGAUGGCUGGCAUGAGAAGUUUGAUUUCUGGGUGGACUCCGACCUGCCCGACCUUCAUCCUGUCGGAUGGUGUGCCCGCACAGGUCACCCUCUGGAGUCCCCCCUGACACACACAGGACUUUCUGACCUCAAGAGCUCCGUCACCCAGGGAGUGUGUCCCACGCCAGGAUGCCGUGGUGUGGGCCACAUCAAAGGCGCAAAAUACACAGGACACCACAGUGCCUUCGGCUGUCCCUACUCCGACAUCAACGUGAAAAAGGAGGUGGUGCUGCCCGACCGGCUGGGUGGUGAGAAGCAGAUCACCUUCGUCCCGGUGCACUUCGUGCAGAAGACCAAGCGGCUGUUCCCCGAGGAGGAGGACGACGGCAAGGAAGAGGAUGAAGGUCACAUGGAAACCAGAGCCAUGCUGUCAGGUUAUGAGGGGGCCAGUCGUCUGAGGGGCCGCUACUCGUCCAGCCCCCGCUCGGCCGCCCAGGCUCUGGUGAAGAGCGAGCAGAGAGACGACUCUUCGGCUCAGGGACACAAGCUGCUGUCACCCCUGGGCAAGAGAGGCCGGGUACCCAGCAGGCUUGCCCAGUCCACCAAAUAUCUGAGAAUCAAGGAGGAGGAGGAGGAGGUCGAGCUGAACAGCAUGAUCACAGGGGAGCGUAAUGUGGACAGUCUUCAGCAGGCCCUCCACCCAGUCGGUCUUCCUGUCUGCAAUGUCGGCGCACCCCAGCAGGGACCUGCCGCUGUGCUGGGAGCAGCACUGUAAGCUACUGCCCGGGGGUUGCAGGUGUGCAAGCCAGCCGCGUCGCCCACUGGACCGUAGACGAGGUUGCUGACUUCAUCCACUCUCUACCAGGCUGUGUCGAACAGGCCAAGCAAUUCAGAGAAGAGCAAAUCGAUGGCAAAGCCUUCCUGCUCCUGACCCAGCGGGACAUCGUGAAGAUCAUGAGCGUGAAGCUGGGC